AUGACGAAGCUAACGACAACUUCACUGCUGUACAUUGUUACCCUCAGCAGCAUCUCAAUCGCUCGAAAGUAUAGAGCACCCGACGAAGAAGAUAUCCGAUCGAAUAGGAGAAGCGCAAUGGCGGAAGCACCACCAGUCUCCCCACUGAAGGAGCGAGAGGAGUCAGCGACAACACGCGAAGAGCUGGACUUCGACGACGACGCUCCCGAGCAAGAGACCGGCCGAGUAUCUCCAAUGGGCCACGAGACACCCACCCAGAGACCUCACUCCGCCCGCAAGAGCGUCUCCUUCCAAGACCCGCAAGACGACGCUCCUCCCCCAGCCAAACCCCCUCGGCCACUCAGCCCCCAACAGCAGGCGGAGAACACGCUCAUUGAAGCCUUCCCCUCCAUCGACACCAAAGUCGUCAAGGCCGUCCUCAACGCCAGCGGCGGCAAAGUCGAGCCCGCCUUCAACGCCCUCCUCGGCAUGAGCGACCCCAGCUUCGUCGCUGAACAAGAACCCGCCGCCCCUCCACGCCCACCUCGCCCAGCCCAACGCGAGCCCGUCUCGCAACUCGAAGCCGACGAGCGCUACGCUCGCCAACUCGCCGAACACUACAACACCGAAACCCCGCGCUCCCAAACCCGCUACAACCAACGCGAACCCGGGCGCCGCGGCGUCAACGCCCAGCCCCAACAGCGCGGCUACUCGCCCUCCCCCGAGCGCAACUUCUUCGACGACGACCUCCCCGAAAUCGGCCGCAACAUCCAACAAGGCUUCUUCGAAACGCAGAAGAAAGUCAACAGCUGGAUCACCACGUUCAAAAAACGCAUCGACGGCGAAGAAGGCGACGAAGACGAGGAAGACCUCUACGGUGCAGGCACCAGCCGUCAAGACCAAGACAAAUUCCUCGGCCGCCAGAAUUUCGGCCCCAGCCAGAGCGACCAACUCCGCGGCAUCCGCAAGCAAGCCGAAGCGCAGAGCGCCACCCGCCGCAGCACGGAAGCCACGCGCUACGACGCCGACCCCCACGAACUCAACGACGACGAGUUCGAGCGCCUCGAGCUCCGCGACGAGGAAUCCGCGCCCGCCAUGCCCCCGCGCACUUCCUCCCGCAAAGCCCCGAACCCGGACCUCUUCAAAUCCGCCCCGCAAGCCCCCUCGGGACCCAUCGACGAGGUCGACGCAGCGGAGCGCUCCGCUUCUUCUUCCGGACAAGAGGGGGAGAAGAGCAAGAAGUGGCAGCCGCUGACGUCCGUGGCGCCGAAUCCGGAGGAGGAUAAUGAUCCCUUCUCUCUCGGGGAUGACGAGGAAGGGGAGAAGGGGGAGGAUUUGAGGAAGGAGGAUAGUGCGAGGUUGAAGGAGGCGGCGCGGAAUAGUGUCAGUGCGGGGGGAAGUGGGGAGGGGCCCGAGGCGCAGCAGUUGACGGGGACGAAGAAUAAGGAUAUGGAGGAGUUGCUUGCGGCUGGGGGUGGGAAGAAGGAGUAG